AUGGCAAGUGAGGAAGAGAGUGUUCUUGUCCUAGUGUAUUGCUCUGGGAAAAUUCAAAAAAGCAAAAGAUAUGGUGUAAAAUUCACUGACAGAGAACCAGUGAGUGUUUUCAUCAGUUCAUCAAGUACUUUGUCAGAUCUAAAGAACAACAUCUUGCAAAAGUUUGGGAUUUCUGGUAGCAAAAAUUUUCCAGAGGUCAGAAUACACGAGUUAUUCACAAAGUUGGAUGUUGGGGUGGAUAGUUCUGGGGCAUCAGAUCCAUUUCAUAACUCGACUGGCGUGGGAGGUGCGUCUUGUUUGAUGCCUAUGAUAGCACCAUCCGUUCCGCUGGUCGCAUCCCCAUCAUUCGCGGCUGAUUUAGAUCGAACGGAGGCUGUUGAUAUCAUUGGGGACAGCGAUGAUGACACAGCUGCCAAUCCUAAUACACAGCAUGGGCCUUCAAGUUCUGGCACUCAGCAGUACCCUCCACACUUCUCGACUUUAAACUUGGAGGCUCUGGGUGAACAGGCGGACGGUGGUCCCACAGUUGGGGGCUCUUCUACAGAAUUUCAGAUUGGGCAGUCAUUCCAAAAUAAAGAUGAGGCUGUGCUGAGUGUGAAGGACUACAACAUCCGUCGAGGUGUUGAGUACAGAGUCAUCGAAUCAGAUCAUCUGAAGUAUCAUGGAAAAUGUAAGGAGUUUGGCAAGGGUUGCACUUGGUUGAUUCGCGUAGCGCUGCGUGCACACAAGGGCACUUGGGAGGUUCGAAGCUGGCUGAGGAAGAUGCUGAACACUGCCGAACACUGCCAUCCUUGGCAUGUAACCAAUCUAUGUUCAGAGCUGGCUGAGGAAGAUGCUGAACACCGUCGAACUAAGGAAGCACCCUAUCCACUUGAUGCCACUCAAUCGCAGCAAAAUAUAUCAGGCUAG